AUGGUAGAGGUGGAAUCGGAGCUGGUGGAGGUGGAAUCUGAGUUGGUAGAGGUGGAAUCGAAGCUGGUGGAGGUGGAAUCGGAGCUGGCGGAGGUGGCAUCGGAGCUGGUGGAGGUGGAAUCAGAGCUGGUGGAGGUGGAAUUGGAGCUGGUGGAGGGAGGUGGAAUCAGAAAUGGUAGAGGUGGAAUCGGAGCUGGUGGAGGUGGAAUCGGAGCUGGCGGAGGUGGCAUCGGAGCUGGUGGAGGUGGAAUCAGAGCUGGUGGAGGUGGAAUUGGAGCUGGUGGAGGGAGGUGGAAUCAGAAAUGGUAG